AUGCCUAGCUUAGUGGAACAGUUUUUGAAAUUGAAGCCAUCGAAGUUUUCUGGGGCAGGAGACCCCGAAGCUGCUGCUCUGUGUAUCCAAGGACUGGAGAAAGCCUUUGCUCUAUUGAUGUGCUCCGAGACUGAGAAAGUGGUCCUCGCAGUCUACCAAUUAGAAGGAGUUGUGAGUACUUGGUGGAGAACCACUCAAGGAGCAAUAUUUCCCGAAGGUGUAGCCCCAGAAUGGAAUGCCUUUGUUGAGGCCUUCAACGGGAAAUACUUUUCAGAGACUGCUAGAGAGAUAAAGAUGGCUGAGUUCCAGCGCCUUCGCCAAGGUUCUAUGACUGUGGAUCAAUAUGAAGCGAAGUUUGCUGAACUAUCGCAACAUGCCCCUGAAUUAGUUGAGAAUCCAGCAAACCGAGUGAGAAGAUUUAGAGAUGGACUCAGGCCGGAAUUGAGAAGCCCAUUGAUUUUGCUGAAUUUGAGAAAUUGUAAUGACUUUUAUGAGAAGGCUCAGAUGAUCGAGAGAGAUCAGAAUGAUAGAGCUGCCUCAUCUAGAUUGAGGUUUAACUCUCAGCGAGAAAGCAUUCGCCAUGGGAAGAGGCCCAUGCCUGGAAAUAGAUUUCAAGUCCCACCCAAUAGGAGAGGUGGAGUUAGCAAGCCAGCGCCAAAUCAGAAUGGCCAGUGUCGCUUUUGUGGAAGGUGA